AUGAUUGAAGUUAAAAUACUCAAGCACAUCUUCUUAAUAAUACUAUUUAUCAACAUAUUCUACUUUAUCAAAGAGUACCAACUAGAAGAAGAAAGAGUACGACAGUUGGCCAUUAAACAUGUAAGCUCGGUCAAGUAUACAACAGACGAUGAGGUUGACUACGAUCGAUCAAAGGAGUACCAUUUACUAAAUACAAGUCAGAAAAUUGCCUACUUGUUAAACAGCGUUGAAGAGAAUCAGAACAACCAUUACUGGUUGGCUGAUGUCACCGUUGAGCAGCCAUCAGUUGUUAUCAACCCAUAUGCAUAUCUCCCUCCCAAUGAAAAUCUACCUCGCAAAAUUCCAACUUGGUAUGAUAAACCAGGAUUAUUCUAUGAGCCAAGGUUUGUACUUGCUCUAUAUUUGGACGAGCUAAAGCACCAACUACAACUGAAAAAUCCUAAAAACGAAAAAGCAAACGAUCACUUGAUAGUGAUGCCUUUUGCAUGGUCAGAUUGGGUAAACUUGACCUUAUUGAACGAAGAAAUCUCCAAACCAAUGUAUGAGCGAAGAAACUGCAAGUCAUUACAACUGCGCGCUAAUAAAAAGACAAAAUAUCCUCACUGGUGUAAAGAUCUUGUUGAUUUAAAUGAUGAAGAGGUGGAAGAAAUCGGACUAUCUCGUGAAGAGAUGCCAGGAUUUAUCGUGCUAGACUCACCAAUGAAUAAAGCACAUCACAAGGAGGUUAUGUUGCAAGGUAAAGGUCACUUGCUAACUUCACUAGAAAAUCCAAUUUCAAUGAUCUUUUUAACCAAAGACGGUACAUAUGAAACGCAAUUAUCUGAUAAGAGAGAACGAAUAGUACAAACUGACUUACUUGAAAGAUACCUCAGAAGAAGACAAUUGGAUCCGUCAAGUGGAAACUUGGAAUUGAUUGAAUUGAAUCCGCAAAAAGAGUUUAACUUGUUAUUGGAAACCAUUCCUGCAAGGCCCUUGGAUGAAGAUGAUGAUAUCUACCAGAUGAGGCAAAUUACAAGACAAAAAGAAUUUAACGCGUCACGUGAACUACAUCUUGACAAAGAUGCUUUCCAUUACAAGCAAGAAGCAAUUGAUGAGCAGAUUAGUGAUUAUGAACUAAGAUUGAACAAAAUACAUGAAGUGGUGACCAAUGAGUUACGGUAUGAUCCCAAGGUAAUCGAUGAAAAUAGACUUUCUAGGCAUGAAAUAAAUCAUUACAAUGGUUUAAAAACAGCGAAUCAUUUCCCCAUUGCAAAAGAGCCAACUUACUAUAAACUUGCCACAUUGAAGAAGGACAAGACUAACAAAGAUGCUGGGUGGCAUUACGAAUGGAGAUUCUUCAAUGGAGCUUUGCGCUAUAUCAAGGACGAUUCUUGGACCGUUGAACAGUUGGAAGUCAGGGAGCAGAUUAUACUAGAUAGAUUACUACGAAAUUGGUUUAGAUUUGCUGAAGAAAAAGGGAUAAUCUCGUGGAUUGCACAUGGACCAUUAUUGUCUUGGUACUGGGAUGGUUUAAUGUUUCCUUUUGAUAUCGAUAUUGAUAUUCAAAUGCCAAGUUCAGAAUUAAAUAGGCUAUCAGCAAACUACAACAUGACCCUUGUUAUUGAAGAUUUGAAUGAAGGAUAUGGGAAGUACUUGAUUGACUGUGCCACUUUUCUACACCAUAGAGAUUUGGCUGCUAAGGAUAACCACAUCGAUGCAAGAUUUAUCGACAUUGAUACAGGUACAUACAUUGAUAUCACGGGAAUAGGUAUCAACAACGAGAGACCAUCGCCCGAAUACGAUGGCUACAUUAAGACAAAGCAACGUAAAGGAGAAUCAAUCGAACUAUACAUGGACAGGAGGAAACAUUGGUUGAAUUUUGAGAAAAUCAGCCCUUUACACUAUUCACUGAUUGGAGGAGUACCAGUAUAUGUACCAAACGAUAUUUUGUCAAUGCUAAACAGUGAAUAUUCUCGAGGUACUAAAUCACUCUAUUUUGAAGGCUACUACUAUGUACCAUGUCUACGAUUAUGGCUAAAGCAGUCGAAAAUAAAAUCAAUUUUUAAGCCCGAAAAGUAUAUGUCCAAGACCAAGGAAGGCGAACAAGAUAAAUUAAUAGAGCUAGUGACUCAGUUGGACGAUGAAGGGAAAUUGAGAAUUUUAGAAAUGAAUGAAGAUGUACUAAUCGAAUACUAUUUAACUCACAAGUUAACAGCCUUACAUGAGAUGGAAAAAAAAUUUAUGUUUGAUCACUCUUUGCAACAGCUGGUAUCUGAUAUACUGGGGAAUACAAAAUAUCAUGAAUUAACAUCGAGGUUCAAAAUGGGGUCUCCUUUAAGAAAAAGUUUAUUUGAUUUUGAGAGUUUUGGUAGGUUUAAACAUAUGAGUAGGGUAAUAGAGGAUACACCAAGUGAGGAAGUAAAUAGUGAUAACAAUGCAGAAGAAGCUAUCAAUGAUUAUCAAUUCGAACAGGACCUCAAUGGGAAACCACAUGAAAUGAAUCAAGGAGUUCGAGUUGAGGAAGAAGUACAAGAUGAAGCAAUGGCAAAAGAAUUUGAUGAAUAG